UCAACAUUGAGUAAGCUUAUUUUAGCGCAAUAUUAUUAAAUCUAGUUUAUGAAACAAGUAAUACUUUAUGGUGCUAUUACCAUCAAAAACCUAUAAAAUUAAUACCCGAAAAAGAUUAGGCUCUUAAAAGUAAAACUGUGCUUUCACCUUACUUUUCUUUACUCGCAUAAUGCGAGUAACAACCAACCUCCUACGGCAGAUGACACGCUUAUGACGUUAUGCGUGUUAACUUUGUUUUUGCGAGUAAAUAUGCGAGUGCUUACGCGCAUAAAAGUGACCAUGCAAAAAGGGUAAUAGUGGACUUGUCUUUCUCUGAUUAAAGGGGCCUUCAUAAAUGAGGUGAUGAUGUUUUAGCCACUAAUUAUUUUAAUUGUGUUUCUGCAAUAACCUGUUAGUUAUUCGCACUUACAAUUCUUCAACAUGCGUUUUUGGUGAUUUUAACAUUGAACUGUUUGAUAGUGUGUUGUUUAUGUUAAGUGUUAAAUAUGUUUAAUAUCAAACUUUUCUCUUGUGCAAUUGCUGAAUUAACAUUUGUAUUUUAAAUACAACUUCAACAUAUUGUGUUUAAUAAUCACAGAAUAUUUCUUGUUAUAAACAGUUCAUGGUGUUUUUGUAAUUUUAAGUUUCAAACAUGCGUUUAAUCAAUGUGUUUUAACUUGUUCCUUAUCGCAUAUUUUAGCAAAAAAUGAAUGUUGGUUUUAUAACUAUUAACUAAAUUGCUUUUAGUUUUAAAAUUUAAUUCCUAUGUUUCAACAAUCAUGCGCCAAAGGUACAUAAGUUUCAGUUUAAUAAAUGAAUAGAUUUUGUAAUUUAAAUGUUUCAUAGUUGGUGUAUUUAACUCCAUACAUACUAUAUUCAGUUACAGGCAUGGACAUCUCAUUUAAUCCACAUGAUGAAAAUGUUUUUGCAUUUUUAAAUAAUUCUGUCUACUUUUACCAAGUUGAUGAUAAUGAAGAUUUAAAGAAGAACAAAGAUUUUCACCCCAAGAUUGUUUCUUCCGAGGAUCUAGAUGUCAAGUGUUUUGCAUGGAACCCUUCAACAGACUACAAGAACCUGAUCGCUCUUGGCCAGCUUAAUGGGAAAGCUGCAUUAAAAUACCUUGGUAGCAAUGACAAGUCUACGGUAUUUUGUCCAAAACAUUCACGAUCCUGUAAUGUGCUUGCAUGGUCGCGCGUAAAUCCAACUAGGCUUGCUAUGGGUCUUGAUAAACACAGGAACGCCUCUUCACUGUUAAUAUGGGAUCUUAACAUCAAGAACACGGAACAUCAAUCAACAAAAACAACUCCAAAUAUAGAAAGCAGAAGCACCCAUGCUUUGAAACCAUUCUUGGAAAUCGCUCAAAGCGACGCAGUUAACUCGCUCGUGUGGAUCAACAAAGUUUCAGCCAACUCACUUAUUGCUGGGCAUGGAAUGAAAUAUCUGAAAGUUUACGACAUUCGUACACAACCAAACCAACCAGCAUCAUCCCCUGUUAACCAUAAGGCGACCAUGGGUCUUUGUGUAAACCCACUCCAAGAAAUUCGUGUUGCUUCUUUUAACGAGAACACUGUUGCAUUGUGGGAUUUGCGGAGCUUUUCGAAACCAAUUUCCACGUUCAAUGUUGAACACAAUAUAUCAAAGAUUGAAUGGAGUCCGACACGAAAUGGGUUUCUUGCCGUUCUUCAAAAUGGAAUUAAUGAAACACGGAAUGAAUUGGUCAAUAUUUACGACAUUAAUUUGUCUCUUCCCGAACAAGAACGUUCGCCCCCAUUUGUGUGCGCGAGGUCUAAACUGCAACUUGGUGAUUUUGUAUCUGGGUUUACAUGGAGUCCACAAGACAAACAUCUCCUUACUGUCAGUAAUUCACUUACGUUUACGUACCCUGAAGUUCAUGAGAAAAUAUCAUUAUCGUGGAGAACAAGACACGACAUGAAUGUGGCAUCUGGAAACACUGUUAAUAGUUUCUCACUAAUUCCUGAAGAAAAUAAUAAUGAAUUUGUUGACGUCACUUCACUUAUUGAGAAAAGAGCAAAGAACCGAUAUGGUUUAAACACAGAAAACCCGUCAAAAAAUUUCGACCUCAGUUUUGAACCUGAAAAUAUGAAUCUACGUUCGCUUUGGAAUUGGAUUGGGCUCGUCAAGCAGAUGGCAACCACCCCGGUCCAUAAUGUUACAACCCCCACUUCACCUGUGUCAUGGGAAAGCAAGCAAAAGCCGAGGCAACUACGAAUUUCCUCGUCGAAAACUGUUCCAGCAGUUUGCUUUGCUGGGGUAUAUUCUCUGUUAAAAGGGGAGACACACAACAGUAAUACUGAAACUGUGACUUGGGUUGGGUUACCAACAUCUAAAACAACAGUUUACACAAGCACGCAUAGAAAUCGAAUCCUCGCGAUGUGCGAUUGGGACGUGUUCUCUUCAGCGUCCCCUAGUGACGAAACACGUUUCACGAAAACAAGCUUCCUUGAAAAACUUGUUCGUCGAGUCUCAAAGACAACUUGUGUAGAAAGAGCUUGUACGAUAGCUUUAUGGCAUGGCAACAUGAAGUUAGCUGUGGAAGUGUUGAACAAAGCUAGUAAGACACAAGGUGAGAAUAGCAACCAGCUCUCCAUGGUGAGCAUGGCGUUAAGUGGAUACACGGGUGUCAACAGCCCCUCCUUGUGGCUCGAUACAUGCCAGAACCUCAUGGAGUCGCUAGAGAGCCCGUAUCUACAAGCCAUGUUUAGUUUCUUGUUCGCCAACGCGCAGGAGGCAAACCACAGCGUCGGGCAAGCAGGGAAAUAUGAACAAAUAUUGAACAAUAAGGAACUUUUGCUCCAAGACCUGGUUGCGUUCGCUUGCAUUUACCUUCCCGAUAAUUUACUUUCAAUUUACAUCAAAGAACUCGUUGCAAGUUGCGUUGAAAACGGAGCACUAGAUGGUGUUCUUGUCACCGGGCUCUCUACUGCUGCCGGUGUUAAUUUGCUCGCAAAGUAUUAUGAAAUGACAUCUGAUAUACAAACCAUCCUCACAGCAGUAAUACACACAGGAGAUAAAGCAUUUCUUUUACAGCCCAGGAUCUUACAUUGGAAAGAAAGUUAUACAGACCUUCUAAAUAAAUGGGAACUUUAUUUCGAGCGAAUUGAUUUUGAUAAAAUGUGGAAUAAAUCAACAGAAGCUACAACAGACGCCCAAACAUAUGUAGUUUGUAAUUACUGUGGGAAAAAUAUCUCCAAUUCAAAACUAAUUGCAGCGCGUGGUACACGGUAUUUAGGUGGAGGAAUGGCCAUGCAAUGCUCAACCACGAGUUGUCCAUCAUGUCGGAAACCUCUUCCACGAUGUUCAGUUUGUUCAACUCAUCUUGGUGCAAGACCUGAGGAGACGGAAUUCGUGAACUGGUUGUCUUGGUGCAUGAGUUGCAACCAUGGGGGACAUGCCGGACAUUUAAUGGAUUGGUUUCGAAACCACAAACUGUGUCCAGUGUCAGACUGCAGCUGUGUUUGUUAUGAAACACCCGGUAUCAAAGUAAAAUAAUUCAACCUCUAUUAGCAUGAAGCCACCAAUUCUUUUCUGUGUUUUUAAAUACAAAUCUUCGUCACUGGUGUGUCA